AUGUCUCAAGCUCAAGAAAAAGCGCAGGAGAAGCUCGCCGACUCGACGGCAUCAGUGCCGCAAAGCACCGCAGCUCAGCAGAGCGAUAAUGUUGCGCAUGCGCUAGCUGGCGCUGGAGGAGGGCUGCUUUCCAUGGCUUUGACCUAUCCUCUCAUUACGCUAUCUACACGCGCUCAGGUCGAAUCGAAACGCGCGCAGUCCUCGACCCUCAACGCGGCGCGACGCAUCAUAAAGCGAGAGGGCAUUGCAGGACUCUACGCAGGCCUAGACUCUGCGCUGUUUGGCAUUGGCGUCACGAACUUCGUCUACUACUACUGGUACGAAUGGACGCGCUCAUUCUUUGAAAAAGCCGCGCUCAAAGCCGGUCGCGCCUCGUCGAAACUCACCACUGUUGAAUCCAUGCUCGCAGGCGCCCUCGCCGGCAGCGCAACCGUCCUCAUGACCAAUCCCAUCUGGGUAGUCAACACACGCAUGACGACGCGUAAAUCCGAAGCCUCAGAAGACGCCCUCCCCGGCGCACCAAAGCCCUCCAAGGCCCCCUCCACCCUAGCCACGGUGCUCGCCCUCAUCCGCGACGAAGGCCCCGCUCGCCUGUUUGCUGGCGUCAUGCCGGCUUUGGUCUUGGUGAUCAACCCGAUCUUGCAAUAUACCGUGUUUGAGCAGCUCAAGCAGUUUUUGGAGAAGAAGAGGCGCGUUACGCCCAAGGAUGCAUUCUACCUAGGAGCAUUGGGCAAGUUGCUGGCCACGAGUAUUACGUACCCGUAUAUUACGGUCAAGAGCAGGAUGCAUGUCGCGGGGAGGGACGGGCCGAGGGAGGAUAUGUUGACCACAUUCAGGAGGAUUAUCCGGGAAGAGGGGUAUACUGGGUUGUAUGGAGGCAUUGGGCCCAAGGUCACUCAAAGUGUCAUCACAGCUGCAUUCUUGUUCGCUUUCAAGGACGCACUGUACGCCUACACCAUUCAGGCACGUAAGAAGCUUGCCGGCAGGUAG